AUCCAAAAGCAAAAGAACCUCAUUAACUGUCCUAUGAACUAAUGCUUUAGACAGAAAAGCAUCAAGGGACUCCCAAGUCCCGUGGCUCUUCUCAAGUCCAGCUGCUUCCAACCAAAAAAUCUUCCCUGCGGAAACACCUUAAGAGCAUGGGCAUAAAUAGCACUGGCAUUCUCAAUAGAGCCUCUCUUCGUACAUUCUUCAGCACCAGCAACCCAGGUUCUCAUCUUCUCUACUCCCUCCACUCCAAUACCAAUAGACAAGUUGCUACUGGUCCUGCUCUCUCAGCAGUCUCAGCCUCUUUCAUCCAAGCUUCCCCGUUAAUCACCAAUCCUUGUUUCUCCAAGGCCAUGAUACCCUCCAAGAUACCCAACUGAGUUAUGAUUGUCACUGUAUAAGAAUUUGAGUUUGCCUCAUCCAACUUUGCAGCAGUAAUCCAAAUGGCAGGCUCCUUCGGAAACCUCUCUUUUGCCUCAUAAAGAACCUUCUUUGCCUUGUCACAAAAUUUGUAUGUAAGUUCAAGUUCUCUUCUAGAGCUUUUGGUUCCAGUAUUUUUUCUGCAUUGUUUUUGAUUUUGAUAUAAUUGACAAAAAAAAACUCACAUAUAUAGGAAUUAGCGAAGUAUUUGGAAAAUUAACUUUUUUUUUUUUUUUAAGGUUUAUGACUUCUUUUUUUCCACUUCAAGUUUUUCUUGGCAGGAUGUUUUGAGGAGUUUUUGAAUAAAAAGUGCCCACACUG